UUUGCUUUGCUGAUAUCAUUAGUAAAUAUUGUUUGUUUAAAAAAACCAGUCUCUUUGAGAGAAGUGAUUUGUUUGCCCUUCUACUUUAUUCCAAUCAGUAUUAAUCAGUUUUUGAGAUUCUAUAUAAAUCACAUAGGGACAAAAAGGUUCUUAAAAUGGAUCUCAAAUUUCAAUGUAAUAUUCACUACUUGUUUACCAAAUUAUGAGGCUCACUUGCACAACCAUGAGAAUGCUGACAAGAUAUCUCCUUCCUGUUUUACUCCAAUCCCAAAGUCCAAAUUCAGUGGGGAUGGGAUAUAUUGAUGCUUUGCAGAGUCCCUCAACUUAUUUUUCUACUUCUGAACCAUUUUUUUCUUGCUCAACACAAAUAGAUGAACAUUUUAUGACUGCUUAGUAAGUGGAGAUGCCCUUUGCUUCACCCAAUCUGUGACACUUCUGCUAAUCUAUCAUUUUUGGCCCUCAAGAACAAGCUCUAUCCACCAGUGAGAUUCUGCAUUUCGUCAUGCUUUUGCAUAUUUGGAUAUCAAACCCUCUAAAAACAAGUACCGGAAGAAGAGGGCAUCUCAAAUCAUGAGGAAGAUCUGAGGAGAUUUUAAUGGAAGGGACCAUGGACCCUUUACUAAGUACCAUUGGCUCAGAGCUCUGCCUCUGUCUCUUUUAUCGUAGUUGGACAAUUUUAAUCCCCACACUUUUUUUGCUUCUUAUUCUAGGCAUCAAUGAAAAAGAGCAGUGAGAGGCAUGAACAGACUUGGGAAGUGCAUUUUCACUUGAGAUUUGUGAAUAAUGUAGAUCUCUUUUGACUGGAAGAGGAGAAAUUAAUCAGUUCUCAAAGCAUCUUUGGUUCUAAUAUCCAUCUAAAAGUUUCCCCCCAUCAUUCUUUCAUUAAUUUAUGCAGCAGCUGAGAGAGGAUGGAAUCUUGGCAGCCCCUUAAAGAAGAAGUGGAAAGUACCCACAGCCUGCUUACACCUGCGACCAGGCUCAGUAUGAGAAGGGAAGACAGUGAUCUGUCUGAAUUUCCCUCUGUGGAGGAGGGAGUUCUGAUUAUACCCGAAGAGGAUGGAAAGGAAUGGGCUGGAGAGGCUUCAUGUAUCCCAUUUUUAGCCACUGAGGACAGAAUUACCUCCUCCCGUAUCCCAUUGUUGGAAUCAUCUCUGACCCCCAGGGUUUGGAACGAGACUCUGUUUCAGCAGAGUGAGUUGGAGUUCAUACCUCUGAGGGGGAUUCCGGAUCUAUCUGAAGUUUCAGAAUCUGACUCCAGACAGGCGCAAGUCAUGGAAGCCUUGUGUCCGCCCUCUGAAAGGUCUUCUGACGUGGGCCCCCGCAGGGUGUCGCCUCAGGAGAUGGCGGGCAUCGUUGCCCGCAGUCGGGGUGUGCAUUUCCCUCAGCAGCAGGGGAAGAGCCAGUCUGCUGCUUCCCCUGAGACGGGCAGCAAGCUGCUCACCUCGUAUGGCUCAGACAGUGUCCAGACCCUGGCUUCUCCUGUGUCCCUGAGGAGGUGGCCGACUUCCCUGCCCACUGGGCAGAACCCGAGCGGGCCCACAGAGGAUGGGGCUUCUCUGGACCACAGAAUUUCACAUGCUUUCCUCUCUCCUUGCCUAGAGAAAAAUGGACUCGAUUUUUCUUUAUCUUCAGCUAGCUCUCUUUGUGAGCGGUAUAAGAACUUAGAAGAGUAUAAGAUGAAGUCCAAACUGGAUUGUUUGCAGUCAAAUGAAAGCCAAGUUAAAAGGUCGGGGCAGGCGGACUCUCUACUUUCAGAAGGAGAGCUCUCUUCCAAGUUUACAUCCCAUUCCUUGUGCCCUGGAGCUUCACAAGGCCAGUCUGUGCAGAAUCCUCCAGGGCCUCAUGUAAAAUUUUCAGGGCACGAUGACAAUCCUAGAGCAGGAUCUUCUGGCGUUACUUUUCCCUCUAGCAGCCACCAUUCUGUGAGAUUUAAGUUGGAUGAUGUGCCAAAAUCAGGCCCAAAGGAAGGUCUUGAUGCAAAUGAAAAUCUGGCCUUCCAUGAGAUUGUGGCCUCUAUAGAGCCCACAGCGAGCAAAAACCCCACCGCCAUUCAGAACUUACUAGAUUGGAAGCAACACAUUUCUCCCUUGAGAACUCCCUUGAGUUCUCAAACUGAAAAGUCUUCAUCCGGACAAGUACCUGAGCCACUCUGUCAGUCAACUCCUGUGGUAAUUCCAGCCCAAAAUUUCACUCCACAAGCGGCUCAGAGAGUAAUUUCUGCCCCUUCAAAAGUUCAGCCUCCUUUUGUUUCCCCAAAUGAAGAAUUACCACACUCUAGCCCAAGAAACCUUGCUGCUUGGAAAUGCCAACCCUCUUCAGAGAAUCAGGAUGGAAGCAGUGGGCCUAGUGAGCAGCCUGUUGGCAAUCUGCCUUAUGUUUUAUCACUGAGUCAAGGUUUUUCUCCUACAUUGAUGAACAUGUUACGCCGCGAUAUUUCGCGUAGUUUUACACGUCAAGGUGAAGCUUCCCAGUUGAGGGUGACCUUUAAGGACCAUGCGCUUCAGACAGAUUUAGUUAGGGAAGAUGACAGCAGUGCUCAAGGUCCACAGCUGGAUGAAAACGGCAUCAUAUUCAGUGGAAGAGUUGCUGAAAUGCUCAGAGAUGAGAAGUAUAAUGUGAGUGGCUUACUCAAGACGAAGGAGCCUCUCCAAAACAGCCCGCUCCCCUUAGGAGGCCCAGAAUCUUGUUCUGCUUUUGCUGACCAGUUCAGAGGUGGCCCCUCAAAAGCCAGCAUUCCUCCUUUGGCUUUUCCUCAGACCAAGCUUGAUAAGAGCACGUCUACCACUGACGACGACCCAGAAUCUGCAGAACCACUGCUUGAUGGUACAGAGCUCAGACGGUACCAGGACCGCCCUUCACCAGCACCACCUGAGAGAGAGGCAAGCCAUUGUUUUAUUGACUCCCACCCAUCUGUUCCUGCAACAACGUCUGUUCCAGUACGGGUUGAAGAGUCUCAGUCACUAUCUCCUGAUCCGUUGAGGAUAUAUUAUAGGAACCCAAAGAUCACUUCAAAUGUACGUUCCAACUUUAAUUCUGGCGUCUCUCAUGUCACUUGGUCCAUCCCUGUGGAGCCCGGCUCACACCAAGAUUUACCAAUGCUCCCUGAGACAUCACAGCGUCCGGAUUCCCGGGGGCAAACUCUCAGUCAGAUUGAGAGUACCCCAGAGACCUCCUCUAAGGCUGAGGAGAAAUCAUUUCCCCCUGCUAAUUUCAGUCAUAAAGGGGAUUUCGGAAUCAUUUCCAAACGUGUCCAAAAGCUCAUAGAUCAUUGGGAUUCCCGUCUCCUUGAUGGCGGGGCCCAUGCUACGCCUUUGCCUGUACCCACAUCGAUGUCUGUGGGUCAAUAUAGAAAGGAAGGCAUGGUGACAGUUUCAGACAUUAAGGAGACCCCUGUUUCUGUGCCUCAAGAUGGAAAGAAAGGCAAGGGGCUGUCUGAAAAUGAAGGGAAAAUGGACAGAGGCCUGCACACCCUUCUGGUGGAGGCAGAAAGUAUCGCACGGAAGCGGUUUAGCAAUUCCCCGGGUCUUCACUCUGACCUCCUCUCUUCUCGGCUCAGCAGAGUGGAUGACAGCAGGAAGGCCCCUUUGGCCAAGGACUCCAUAGCGCUUUCCCAGAGGUCUGCACGGGAUGACAAUAGGAUCCCUGCUACAACAGUGGAGACUAAUGUGGCAAAUCACUUGACUUCCCAGAGGGAUACUGGGAAAACUUCAGUUCGGGAAGUGGCAAAUAAAGCCAGAGGAGCCUCGCGGCAGCCCCUCAAACACUAUGACACAGCCCGGUCGGUGCCGAGGUGUGAGCCCGACCGGAGCAGCACCUUCGCUGGGCCCGAAAUAUCAGGGCCGGGGACCCCUCUGACAAGCAGCCAUUCGAGUAGAGACUCUCCCCGCGCAAGAGCCUCUUACGUUUGGGAUCCCAUUUGCGAUGGCUUUUUUGGGUACCUGCCACAUAUCCCAGCCCAUGUGUGCAUGGGAGAUCUCCAAGACAGAGAGACGACUUAUGAGAGUGAUGAUGGCUGCAGCAGUGAGGAUUCCUUGGCCGCCCAUGUGCGCCAUCUUCUGAGAUGUGAGCCUCCGGAGUGCUUCGCCACACAGAUGCUGCGCAAUGCUGAGGAGGAGGAGUGCAGGGUGCGCGCCCGGGCAUGGUGUCUGAAGUUUAAUUUGGCGACGGAAUGUGGGGACUGCAUGACCGAACUGAAUGAAGCUGAUCUGAGGAAGGUGGAAGAGAUCAAGGCUAGCAUGUUUGGCUGUGGGAGGCCACUGGACUUAUUUCAGGGUUUACCAUGUCCAGUGGGGAUAAGAAAUAUCUCAGAAAAAUGUGAUCAUUUCUUUAUUGAGGCUCAUGAAAAUGGCUGGUUCAGACCUAUGGCUAAUGAACAAUUUGGUAACUCUUGUCGGGAAUUUAGAUCUAAUGAGUAUGCAGAGAUGAGCCAGACUCAGCCGAUGGCAUCUUGGACUAAGCGAUGCGGCAGUCAUGCAAAGUCAGCUCUCCAAACUUCUCAGUCGAAAGCUUGGAGCUUCUCUGGAUCGGGAAGUCAUCAGCCAUUCCUGAGCUCCACAUCUGAUGAGUCUCAUUAUGUUAGCAGGGAGUCUCCAAGGUCAUUACAUGAAGAAAUGGAGACAAAGGAGGUGGAAUCGGUGGGACCUGCUGCUGUGUCCUCCCGAGAACCCAUCAGUCCUCCAUCUCGUCCUUCUUCCAAAUCUUGCUCUGAGGCCUUCAGACAUUCCCUGUGUUGUCCCAGUGCUCCAGUUGUGGUCCGAAGUGAUCGAGGACAAAGCCUGCCUGCUGUCACAUGGAGAGCUAACAGGCCCGUGUCCAAGAGCCCCCUCCCGAUUUCAAACAUGAUACUGGCAACUGCCGUAAGGAAAGAUCCAGGGCUUGUGGGAAAUCACCAUGAUCGGGCGUCUGGCGAUUUGUCUGUAGUCACCACAAGUUUAAAAGAAAAAGAAUCCCCAGCAGCGCCAGCUAUUACAACUACUGCCAAGCCUCAGGCCAGUGUCAAAGAGAGCCUGCUUUUGGACAAACAGGACCUUGCCAGAUGCAUGAGUCUCAAGUCACUUGGAAUACAUGACAAAGGUAUAAGGGUAUCUGAAGAAUUCCCUCCCAGCAUUUCCCCUAAGGAGCAAGCAGAGCAUUGCCAGCCUAGGAGUGUCCCACCUACGGAUAACAUGGUGGGUCCUGGAUGCUCCUUGCAGACUUCUCUUUCUCAGCAUCAAGCUAGUUCCGUGGAAAGGGAGGAUCAGCUGAAGCAAAAAAUGCACUCUUUAAUUGUGGCAAAUGUUGAAGCUGAGUCGAGCAUGACAGUCCGUCCAAACUCCCCAACUCCAGGAGGAGAAACAUCACCUGUCCCUUCUUCAGUUUUAUCCCCCAAACAAAGAGCAGUCUCUUACCUUCGUAUAACCCUCUCCCCCAAGACUUCUAAUGCCAAACUGGAUGAUGAAAUUUUAAAGAAAAGAGAGCAUGAAUUGGACAGUGGUGCUAGAACAGGACUUAAUGAUUCAUUAAGUACCUCAAAGUCAAGAUGUCUUGUGCCACUGGAACCAGCCCCUAAAGAAUUGGCUAUUAUACCAUUAUCAGAUAAAGAAGAAUUUGUAAAUGGUAUAUAUCACAAGAAUAGCCAGCCUUCAAAAUCCUUUUCAAGACAUAUCCAAGUAAAUAUUGCAGAUUUGGAAGCAUAUUCUAAAGGAAUCCAGAACACACAAGGCCGUGUAACGUCACAUAACUUAAGGAAUGCAGACUGUGACACUUCUCUCAAGCUCUCGUCAGAUGCUGUCACUCAAAUAACAACUGAAAGUCCAGAAAAAACCACAUUGUCAUCAGAGAUUUUUAUUAAUUCUCAGUCUCACAGCAUUCUUAAGAAGCCAUCUCAUUACCCAACUGCUCAGUUUUCACUGCUGCCCUACAAGCCUCCUGGGAGUGCUGAAAUGUACUAUGUUCCACACUUAACGGAACCCCUCCAGUAUCCUGUCGCCAAAUCAGACACCACUCUUGAAAGCACCCACUCAGGCUCCAAUGAUGCCAUUGCUCCAGAGUUCCCUCCUGAUGCUUUGGGCACAAGGGAUGAGAACGUGUGCGACAUUGUAACCAUUAAGCACAAGGAGGGCAUCUAUAGCAAGAAGACCGCGUGUAAGUCAGCCUGGACGGAAGAACAGAAUCCCCCCCCAGAAAAAGCCUCAGAAUCUAAAAAUCAUUUGGAACUUGAAAAUACAACCCACUCUGUGUUCAAAUCGGCCCAGUUUUACUUUCACCAUCCAGUGCACCAUCAGCAUGACCAUGACUUCUCCUGCUGUGAGCCCUGGGGAAGGGGAACUUGCCGGACCCAUUCCAGAAGAGAUUUCUUCCCUUACACAGACAAAGACUCUAGUUUCUGUCCACCUUAUGAAACCUCUGCAGAUGAGCACAGAUUCUUGCCCUUACGGACUGAUGUGGAUUACAGCAGGGUAGAGAGGUACCGCUGGAACAUCACGGACAACCGAGUGCCAGGGGCCCGGCAGAGGCCCGAGGAGAACCUCCAAGGUGACAGUAAAGUGAGUGCUGCCAGAGAGACUGCUCCACGGACCCUUGAGCCCAGCCGGUCUCUGAAUGAGCUCUGGAACAGGUUUCAGGAACGACAGAAGCAGCAGAAACCGCUCGAAUCCCGCUCCUCAGAUGACUUGUCCUUGGUUGAGCGCCUCGAUCGCCUCGCAAAGAUCCUUCAGAAGCCCAUGAUGCUCUCUCUGCAGGCUUCCACGUCUGCCCGAGAUGAUCGCAAAGGGGAGAGUGCACGGCAGCAGCCAAGGAGGAAGCACCAGCCAAAGAAGAGAGACCCAAGUGAUAAAUCCAGUUCUCCGUCCCGGUCUUCCUUUAGACUGUUGGGGGGUGACCCUAUGAUGCCCACCCUUGCCCAACAGCCCGGGCUGGAUUCUGUAAGCUUGAUCUCUUCGGAUUCCAGGCCUUCCCCCGAGCCUGCCGAGCCUGCAUCGGAGUCAGACGUGAGUGCCCAGACUGACGGGGAUACGGGCCCCCUCCGAGAGGUGAGCAGUGACAUGUCCUUCGCUAGCCCUGCCCGGACAGUCCAGACACAAACGUAUGAGGUACCUAAGCGGCAGCAGAAGCCCUUGUCCGAAAGGCAGAGAGAGGGCAGUAGGAAAGUAGCCAAGUGGAAGAAAACGCCCCCAGCUCCUCAGGUCAGAAGGAGAGUCCUGCAGGUGGAUGCUAUCAUAUCCUCGGACUCGUUCUCAACUGCCAGUAGUACUUGGAGUUCUAGCUCCAGCCCCAAGGAGAAGCACAAUGUCCGGAUGUUAAAUAAGGGCGUCCAAACGGGGGAAGUGGAGAUUGUGAGAAGUACAAGAAAACACACUCGAGAUUUUGGGGUGACUUUUCCAACCCCAAAGUAUAACGCGACUGGUACAAGAGGAGACAGUUGCAUGAACAAUUCGAGUCCAGGAAGCAAUUUAGAAGACAAGAAGCCUCUGACAAUUUACAUGUGGACCAAGAAGCCGAGGAGAAGUAAACCACAUUGCUGUGAAGGGGUUUCCUGGUUCAUCCCUGCCGAGAACCCCAGGCAGGCCAAGAAGGAAAACCAGCCCGGCCCUGGCCCCUCCUGGUUUGCCCCCCUGAUUCACAGCAAGCCCUGGCGGCAGCCCCUUCGGGAGAAGAACUGGCAGACGGAGAGUAGCAGUGGGCGGCAGGCUGGGCUGCCGGGCCUCGAGCAGGACAAGGAGGCCCCUCCGCGCUUUGUGAAGGCGGGCCUGCAGGAGUCCCUGGAGAGGCUGCGGCCCGACUUCAUCUCCCGCUCCAAGGCUCGAGUGAAGCGGCUGAGGCUGAUCACGGAGGAGCGCAAGCUGCAGCGCCUGCUACAGAGGGAGCGCGAUCAGCUGUUCAACACUGAGGAGCAGCAGAGGGAGUCCCAGGACAUGGCCGGCUUCCUUUCUAAGAAAGGUUACGUGACUAUGAGGAACAGGAUAAUAACCAAGAAGGAAAUGGUCCAGCGAUCCAAAAGGUUGUAUGAGCAGCUUCCUGAGGUGAGGAAGAGGCGAGAAGAAGAGCAGAGGAAGUCGGUCUACAGCACUUACCGGUUCAGGGCCCAGCUCUACAAAAUGAAAAUCACCAACCGUGUACUAGGGAGGAAAGUCCCCUGGGAUUGACCAGAAAGUCGAUCUUUGCCUUCUUAAGUCUUGUGGUAGUUUUUGGAAACCCUGACUUCGGUCCAGGUUCAGGGCGUGCUGUGAAUGUGUUGUAGUUGUUUGUGUGUAUGUGUGUGUGUGUGUGUGUGUGUGUGUGUGCUCAAAGGUGUUUUAUGUUCACGUGCACUUGAAUCAUCAUGGCUUUGUAGGCCUUAGGGGAGUCACUGGUGCAGGUGGGGGACCUUCCUCUCCCCUGACUGUUCGGGGACGGCUCCUCCCAGAAGCAGGGCUUUUUUUGUAUGUGUUUUUGUACUUCUGGAAAAUAAAUGAUUUUAG